UCGAUCGAGCUCACAACAGCGCCGCAGCCCCACUCCCCCUUUUCCCCUCUCCGGCGCACACAACACAAUACUCACACGCACCACCUCACCCACGCGGAAGAGGAGAGCUCUAGGAAGGAGACGCCGCCUUGCUGCCAGCUCCGUCGAAGACCAGCCCGCCGCCGCUGUCGAGUCAAACCCGAGAGAGAGAGUGUGUGCAACGAUGAGAGAGGAGGAGCCGUCACCAAACGCGUCGCCGCCGCCGAGGAGGGGAAAGAGGAGCUGCUCCCUCGCCAGUCACCGUCGUGCUUCCUGGUUGCCGAUGAGGGAGCUGCGAGAACCGUUGCCGUCGCAAGAAGGGGGGACGCGCGAGAAGGAGUCCUCAGUGUGAUCGCUGUCGCAGCUGUUGAGAAAUCGAAGUUUUACAGAUUCGACAAGGAAGGGAACCGGUGGAAGGAGAGAACCGAUGGUACCGUCAAGUUCCCGAAGAACAAGGGUGCUAUAACAAAGAGAAUGACUGCAAUUGAAGAAAUGGCUGGAAUGGAUGUCCUAUGCAUUGAUAAAACAGGCACAUUAACUCUCAACAAGCUUACAGUGGACAAGAAUCUAAUUGAGGUCUUUGCUGAUGGAAUUAAUCAGGACAUGGUUGUACUUAUGGCUGCAAGGGCAUCAAGGCUAGAGAACCAAGAUGCAAUUGAUUGUGCAAUUGUAUCUACGUUAGCAGACCCAAAGGAGGUGAUCAGCUUGCAAUUACUAAGGAAACAGGAAGCUGUCUUGGAAUGGGCUCUAACAUGUAUCCUUCUUCGUCGCUGCUAGGAGAAAGCAAAGAUAAUUUUGCUUCUGUUCCCGUCGAUGAUCUUAUAGAGAAUGCAGAUGGUUUUGCUGGUGUCUUUCCUGAGCACAAAUAUGAGAUUGUGAAGAGGUUACAAGCUAGAAAGCACAUUUGUGGGAUGACUGGUGAAUGGUGAUGGAGUGAAUGAUGCACCAGCUUUGAAGAUAGCAGACAUAGGUAUCGCUGUAGCAGAUGCAACAGAUGCUGCAAGAAGUGCCUCUGAUAUAGUUCUAACAGAACCUGGGUUGAGUGUGAUCAUAAGUGCUGUU